CGCUUAAGCAUAUACGAGUCGCGGUUUGUAAACCAAUACAAGUCAUUAGUUAUUGCCGAUUUAAGAUAUAUAGAUUGAUUCAUAAGUUGUGUAUGUCACCAAAUAUAUACUGCAAAUGUUCGUUUCUUAUGCCAACCGGUCGAUGUAAACAUACUAUAGAAUGUAAAAUUGGGAAUACCUUCGUUGUUCAAUAUACCACAGACAGUGGAUAAAAACAUACCACAAAUUAAACUGUCUUUUGACAAAAGGAUUAUAUUGAUAUUGGGCAUGUUAUUGAUAUAGUUUAAAUUCAAUUUUGGAAGUAAAAUCAGGUCUUAAAUAUUAUAAAGUUGCACAGACAAUCUCGAGACAUGGACUACAGCGACGUUGCACGGCUUAAAGAAUGUAUUCGAGAUGGGAGAAUUAGCGAAAUUCGAGGUCUGUUAGAAUCAACAAGUCCGAAAGAAAUCAGAGUUAUAGAGGAAAAGUUUGUACAAUAUUCAGAACAGCCAACUGACCCAGUGAACUAUGCAAUAGGCCAUGGGAAAGAGAAGGUUGCUAUUUACUUAAUAGAAAAAGGUUUUCCUAUGGACCAUGUUUACUGGGAGGAGGGAGCUGUAUGUGAUGAAUGGUGUCGUAAAGACCAUGGCCCUGACAAGUGUCCUCGGCAGUAUGACUGUGUUAAGAAUGCAGAGAAUCGAGGAAUGGAGGUACUCAAACUAAGAAUUGAUGCUAUCAGGGAAGGAAGAAGUAAACCAGGAGAGGGGAUAUCAGAACCAGUAGUUGACAAAUAUAUGCCACACACACCACCUCCAAAACAAACCAGACCUAUCUAUGAUAAGGAUGAUCAUAACAGAUUUGUACCAGAGAAGAAAGAAAAAUCACAUGCAGAUGAGGCCUUAGAACUAGUUGAAAAAUAUGGAGCAAAAUAUUUAACAAAGAAACAAGGGACACUGUUACACAAGUAUAUUGACAAGCCACGUGUGUAUAUGUAUGUUUUUGCUAAUCAUGGAGUACGUGUCAAUGUGCAGAACACAGAUGGUGAUACAGCAUUACAUCUGGCAGUAAGAAAGGGUAGAGCAGAUGUUGUAGAGGCUCUUGUACAGUGUAGCGCAGAUCUUUCUCUCAGAAACAGCAUGGGUCAGACUCCAGUGGACGAGGCAGAAGGAGCUAUCAAAGCUUUCUUGAGGAUUUUUGAGCCAGGUGUGAUAUCUGCUGUACGAAGAUCAAGCUUCAACCAAUUGUUACGCCAAUAUAAACGAAGCUGGUGUAAUGUUCUUACAAAAGUAAAGGGAGAUAAAAAUUUGCUGGAGUGGACAUUGGAGAGUACUGAUUUGUCAUAUCUUUCGCAAGCAGAAUUGAGGACAAGAUCGAAAAGUGACUUGAAAAAAAUGGCAGAUGUAGCAAAAAAUGCUUACAGAGUAUUAUCAGAAUACAGACCAACUAGUGAGCUGAUACAUGCAGUGCUAUGUGAAGAUGUGGGGUAUGCACAACGUGUGUUAUGGGCAAAUAAAGAUCUUAAAGUUAACAUCAGGUUCAGGGAUCGUAAAGGAAAGACUUUGCUGAGUCAAGCAAUUGAAACAAACAACUAUGAAAUGGUGAAACUACUAGUGGACAAUGGUGCAAAUGUUGCUCAGGUCAGAGUGAGAGAAAAUGAGCAGACUGACGUUACUGUUCCGCUGUACCAGAAAGCAUUAAGGAGAGAUUUAGAUGUGAAUAUUGUCAAACUUCUACAGACUGUGCUCACAGACAGCACGGAGCAUCAGGAGAAAGAUGUGAAUGGCAACACUCCAUUGUUGCGUGCUAUUGAGAAUGGUGUUGACACAAGAACUAUUCACUGGUUGAUCAAAGCAAGGGGAGGUUACUCACUCUUAGAUCGGAAUUGUGAUGGUUUCACACCCAGAGAAAUUGCACAUAAAAGAGGCAGAGAUAAUGUUGUGAAAAUGAUAGACAGGUACAUUGCCAAAGAACUGCCUCCAAUAAUGCUAAGAUUGUUUCCAGUGGCAUUUUAUCCCUCAGAAUUGCUCAAUAUUGUCGAUGAGGAGUAUUAUCUAGAAAUGGCAGGAGAUUCGUUAGAGCAGAAAAUGAACAAGGUUGCCGAGCAACAUCAUGUCAAAACAUGGAUUGAUGUCAAUCAAACUCAGAAUAACGCCAUAUCCUUGUUUGAAGCUGCUGCUAAUGGAGAUGUUAAAAAAGUGUACGAGUGCAGUAACGCCAACUAUCAGGACAAGAAUGGCUACACAGCAUUAACUAGAGCAGUAGUUUUUAACCAGUUUGAAACAGCUAAAGAACUGUGUACACGAAGACCUGCUCUAAGGAAAAUUGGAGACAAUUGUAAUCGUUACCCACUUCACUAUGCUUAUGCAAUGCCAAAGGAUCAGGCUGAAAAGUUUAUUAAACUGAUACUAGAUAAUGAUGCAAAUGAAAUAGAAAACAGGGUAGAUAAGGAUGGCAGGGUAGCUGCAGAGUAUGCUGAUUUGAGAGAAACUAAAGAGAUUAAACAGAUGUUAUAUGAUGCUAGAACUCUAGACUCAUUUGGAAAGAGAGGUAGACCACUGGGUCCAUGGCCUAAAAAUGCUGAACACGUUCCACCCACCGAGACUGAAGAGUGAAGAAAAAUUAGCAAAAAAUGACUGAACAUUUUACUUCUACAGAUAUAGCCAAACUGUAAACGUACUGCUGAUGGCUGUUAAAGUAUCCAUACUGUGAUCAUUGUGACAAAAAUAGAAAAUGUUGAACUAUUAUGCCUCCAGAUUUAUUUUAGGUCUUGAGAAAGUGCUUUUAUUAGUAACUGUGAGUAAAAAUGAAGAGAUUCAGUACAUUGCUACUUAUAAAAUUACUCACAUAGCCUGUAAAACAUAGAAUAUAGAAAUAUGGUAUUAAAUAAAAAUCUAGCUGUACUUUAUUUCAUAUAUAUAAAAUGUUGACAUAAAUGUUAUUUAUUUGUGAUUAACAGAAGUCGUGUAACACCCAUAUAUAUAUAUAUAUAUAUAUAUAUAUAUACCUUACUUAAUAUAUGCUGGUAUCUGUUUCUGGAGGUGUACUCGUUAAACAAGGUUUUUCCAACCACUAACGUUUUGGUUCUAAACUUUAUUUUGUUUAAUUCAAUACUAUACUGACACGCAAGCAUUAAUUGUGUAGAACUGGGUAUGUGCAGAGGUAAUAUUAUAUAGUCUUGCAGGAAAUGUAAUUGCCCAGUCAUUCUGCCCAAGUCUGUAAUGAUGUAAUUGACAGUUACUAGCUGGCUGAAUGUGUUGCAACAAAUGGAGACAUUUUAUACUCGCAUUAUUUAAAUUCAAUAACUUUUAAUAUUAAAGCACCACUGUGAUAACAUAUUAUUUAUAAAAUUAUCUAGAAUACUGUUAAUGUUUUCUUCUGUGAUAAUAUUGUACACAUUAUUUUGCAAUUGAUAAUUACAUAUUUUUCACUGUA